UCAAGAUGGCGAUUAUGGACUUAUAAUUUAUAAGUGAAUCCAUGCAACAGGAUCCUUUUAUUUCAUAUUUGUUAUGUUAGACAGACGAAACAAUUUAAGGAAGCCAUGAUCAAUUAUGGAAACGGGGGAAGAUGUCUUAGCUCAUGAUCUUUGUGCGCAAGAGCUUCAUUUGAAUGAAUUGAGCCAGAACGAUGUCGGCGAAGAACARGACACGUUGGAUACGACAAGUUCAAGUUUCUGCUCGUCUUCACCUCCGGGCAGAGACGGGUCAGCUUCUAAGCGAGAACGAAAAGUCUCCUUUCCUGAUGAUAGCUGUUUAGUUCGUAGCGUGGAACCUUUUGAUCCUUGGAAGGACGCUGGAAACUGUACAAGUAAAGAAGUAAUUGAUGCAUAUCGCAAAAUCUGUACUCAAUUGAAAGUCAAACCUUGCGAAAAACUCAUCAAACAACUUGAGGCCUGUGAGAACUUCAGUGAGCGUAUCAAUGUGAUAGACUUAAGAGGUAUAAAGCUGGAUCUAAAGAGCUGUGAAACUUUGGAGGAAGUACUGAGAAAAGUGCGAACAAAAACACUUGAUCUUGAAAACACAAAUUUAGAAGAUGAGGGAACUUUAUCUAUUCUCGAAAUGGUGGAGUUUUACCACAGUGCUUGUAAAUUAAACUUAGCAUACAAUAACAAGAUAAGAGUGAGAGGAUGGCAAGCUUUGGGAAGAACAUUAAAAAGGACACCAUGCUUGGAAUACUUAGAUGUUCGUCAUACUGUAUGGACGGAGCAUUCAAUUCCAUUACUAGGGAGGUCUCUGAGACUYAAUUGCCCUCUUACUAUCCUGCACAUGGAGGCAACAAAUCUCUCAGGAAGACCUUUAUUUUUACUUGCUAAUGCCGUAAAGGCAAACCAAGUAUUAAAGGACUUGUUCUUGGGCGACAACAGGCUGGUUCCUUCUGAUGGCCAGUGCCUUGGUGCCAUGUUGAAAACCAACACAACGCUGAGGCUGUUAGAUUUACGGAAUAAUACCUUACAGGAUAUGGGACUAGGUCAUAUAUGUGAGGGUCUCGCCGAGCAAGUAGGAGACGGGUUACAGACUCUUGUCCURUGGAAUAACCAGUUGACUUUUCAAGGCAUGGGUAACCUGUCUAAAGCACUGGUUUCAGUUAAAAGCUUACAGACGUUAAAUCUUGGUCACAAUCGACUGACAAAUGAAGGSAUUCAUCAUCUUAAGGACGGGUUGUUAUUGAAUAAAUCUCUUCAACGACUAGGGCUGCUCAAUACUAGGCUUUCUAGUGAAGGGAUUAUAGCUUUAGCAGAGGUCAUUGCAGACAGCACAAUCCUGCUGCGUUUAGAUAUUCGUGAGAAUGAUCCGUAUGUCGGAGGUUUAAUGGCGCUGUCGUUGGCCUUAAAGAUGAAUUACAGUUUGGUUCGCAUUGAUUUGGAUAAAGAGCUCAAAAAGGAACCGGGAAUGGAAACUACUCAACGAUGUCUAUUGGCUGAUAUUUAUGGAUUYUGUCAAAGGAAUAAAAAUUUGAUCGAAAACAAAGAUUCAAAUACGGCUGCACAAAAAACUCCAGACGUCCCGAAAAGUGUCMCACCAAAAGUCACGCCAUCUGCUUCAAAAACUGACAGCAAUAUAGAAAACACCGACUGUUCACCUUCGGAAACUGAACCUAAAUCUGAUAAUCUUCUACAAAUAGAACCUGCACAACAAAAAUCUMGAUUUGAUUUAAAAAAUUUCACUGGAUUCUCUUUUCCUACCUCGCGUUUUAGAAUUACUAGGAUAUUUGAAUCAGGGAAUUCAACUGAAGCAACUCCAACUUCGGAAUCUUCACCGAGUAUUUCAACUGAUUUUUCAASUCCUCAGACGUCCGAAACACAAGAAGAUUUGUUAAUAAGUUGUGACGAUAGCAGCAGUUCAGAAGGGGAGGGGCUCCUCGUGGAUAUAGAUUCAGAGCCCAGUCCUUCUCUGGAUAUUGCUAACGAGCUAGAGAAACUAGAUCUGGACGUGUUUGAAUCUGACUCGUCUUCGUCUCAAGACACUGACUGGGAGGGUCGAGUGGAUAAUUAUGCAUGUGGAAGUAGGGAGAGUGUAGAUUCGAUGGGAACCCCUAUCGCUCGUUCAGAACUUGAUACAGAUAAAGAGCACAAGACUCACUUUUACGAGAGUGAGCUGGAUGCCUUGUUGUCCAAUAGUCGCUAUGAAGCAGCAGGACUGAUCAAUAAACACCAGAACGAUGAUGACUUUUGGAUGCAAGAUUUUGACACGAUGAACUCUCUAAACACUGCGUCUCCCUCCAAUACUUCAAAAGUAGAUCCUCCAACAGCAGAUUUACUUGGCUCCUAGUAUACUGCCUGACAAGCGGCAAUAAUCAAAGCAGAAAGCGCCACAAGUCCUAGCYCGAUUCGAGACGGCUAGCUUAUCGUGGAAAACUGRCAGAGAGCUWGAUAAAAGUACGGAAAAAUCGCAUUCGAUAUGCGAUAAAUCGCUUUAAGGCCAGUAUSGGUGAUGGUUGCAUGUCGAUAGARAUGCAAGAGCAUAGUUAUCGAUAAUUUUGGCUUCUUUUCUCUCCAAAUGAAGCCAAGAAAUGCUCAAAACGAUGAGCARAUGCUCAAAAUUUUAAAUARUCUGAAAUUUGCGUUUAAGUAAUUAAGUAUAGAGAAGUAAUACAAUGAAAAGGGUGCAGUAAUUGUUAUGAUUCUUAUUGAACUCGGUUUCCUUUUGGCGUACUUGGAUGUGUACGCGCCCGCGUUUACUUUCAGUUGGCGGGAAAAAUAGGAAAGGCUUUUGUAGAUAUUUCGAGGUGGCGUAGAAGCCGCAGGGUAUUAGCUAAUUAUUUCAACAGAAAAGUUUAUUAUAAACAUAAUUAAAUAAUUGUUACCGUGCAUGGGAAACUGGGCAAAAAUCCAGUAAAAUUUACCGUGUUAAACAUUUGUAUUAAGCUACAAAAUGUAUGAUUACUUUAUAAAAAAUUGCCAUUUGUAAUUUUACAGAACAAAUUCAUAAAUGAGUUUUUCCAAAGUUUUUAACACUGCUCAUAGUGAGCUCAAUAAUAAGAAAUUCCAAGCAGUCAUUUUUUUAUCYUUAAUGUUUUUCAGUUAMCACAGAAAACUGAGAUCAAAUCUGAAUGUAGUGUGCAUGAUUUAAAGUCAGUCAUAAAGAUUUGCAUGAAAAUGCUAACUUUUAAAAGACUUGUUUUGAAACUUAAAUAUUCAUAAGAAUUUCAAAACUUGAAUUACAAGAAACUUAAAUUACAAGAGAAAUUCAAGCUGAUAGGAUUUUCGAAAAGAGUAUUACAAAUGGAGACGAAUUUUUUCCAUUUUCUAAAAAAAAAUAUUCUCGCGCUCUAAACAAAAAUUUGUCCGCGGAAUCCAAAGACUCCUUGUCGACUAUUAAAUUGUCAUUUCAAGGGCUUUUGUUCACGAAAUAUAUAAGUAAGCUUUAUUAACUGACCUUAGAAUUACUUUGUUUCGUUUGUUAGUUAUUGCUUUUGAUUUAUUUUCUUCUGCCGUGUUUGUCGUGCUYCCUGGAUGUUUUAUAAACAUUCUAAUCAAWAUUAUUCAAGAUGGCUGCCACUGAAUGGCCGCCAUUUUGAAAUCUUUACUGAGCAGGAAGAAAUCAUAAAUUAUUAGGUAUUCUAUAAUUAUUCUAUAUAAUUAUGAUUAUUAUUAGUUAUUGCAUAAUUAUUAUAAUAAUACCGCGCGAAAAAUGUUAUGCAAUGUUGAAGGCUCCCGGGGUUGAAGGUUGAGAAAUAAAAUGAUUUAUACAGAA